AUGUCUCUGAACGCUCUACUUCCACAUCCUCUAUCGAGUUCCUCUACAACCUUACGCUCCUCCUCCUCCUUCAACCAUUCUCUCUUUUCCAUUCCAAAACAAAUACCUAGAAAAACUCACCACCACCAUCACCACCAUGUGUUGGUGGUUGAAGCAAAGGGUAAAAAAGGAUUGAUGUCUCGCCAAUUCCGGCGCCCUCCUCCUCCUCCUCCUUUACCCAAAAUCGAAGAUGACGGUAACCCCAAAUUCGUCGUCUUCAUUCGCGUGGCUGAUGUUUCCCGCUGGUAUCCUCUCAGUAUCGUUUCCGGUGGUACCACCGCCAAAAUUAUGGUUUCUGUUAAAGAUAACUUUCUUGGCAAAUAUAUCUUCAAGGAUACUCUUGAUAAAAAUCUCGCCGCCGUUAUCUAUAGAGAUGAGGAGGAGAUAAAGAAAACGGCAAUCAAACAACAUCAAAACCUGAAGUCAGCUACUGAAUUCAGAUAUGGCUAUAAACUUAUUGUGAAUGGUAAUGUAAGAGCUGCACUUUCUACCAAAGAUGUUCUUGAGCUUCCUACACCAGAUAAACUAAAAACCGUAGUUGAUAAUGUGAAAGACUUUUUCGAAGAUGUAAAAGACACCUUUGUCCAAAUAACAUCGUCAGACACUACGACAACCAAGGAGCCAGAGCCAGAACCAAAGAAAGAUACCAAAGCAAAAUCAAAAUCAAAAUCUAAGUGA